AUGGCAGCCCAACAGAUCCAAUUCUACCAAUACCGACCAGACUCGGAUGCACGACAUAAUGCUGUGUUCACGCCCAUGCCGAGCGAGCAACCGGUCUUCAGCCCCAUGGUUGGAUACCCGCAACAGUAUAUGGCACCACAGUACUGGCAAGGACCUCCUCACUUUGCUCGAGCUCACUACGUCCCUCAGCAAGUGAUGACCCCACGAGCAUCACCACCUCUGACAUUGGCGAUGCCUAUGCCCAAGAUUGUGCUUGAUCACAACGGGCAGAUGGAGCAUGGACACUACCUGGAGAGCAGGCACUCUUCACCUCCGACCCCAUGCCUAUCUGCUUGCCCAAGCACAGCCAGCAGCCCACCAGCCAGCAGCAUUCACCAAACCCCAGUGCACGGAUCUGGGUACUUCAAUCUCCCAAUCGAGCAAUCCAAGGAGGAGAUGCAACCUGUACGAUUUUUGGACGAGUGGCCAUCGGAGAAUGGACAUGUUCACAUUUUCCCGCAUCCCGGUGAUGCCAAGCUUUUGCCCAGCAACUCGAUGCCCUCGACCGUUUCUGGCAACUUCAACAUGAACAUCAACUCCUCAUUCUCGGUGGCCAGCCUCAGCAGUUGCAACUCCCCAUCCUUGGGCCCUGCUUCACCCCAGUCUCAAGUUUCUCCAUCGGCCUACCCAGUAGCCGAAUUCGUCAACCUACGAGAGCUCACUUCCACCUCAUUCGAGCCUGUGGUUGCUGCACCUGUUCAAAGUUUCCCUCCUCUGCCAACCCUGUCUGCCGAAGACGACGAGCACAAGUUUGCCUUGGUCAACGCCUUCCCCGUCACUCCUGAGCAUGACACUGCUGAUCCCUUCAUCCUCUCUGAGAACCCUUCUUUUGAAUCCUCAUUCUGCAGUGAGUUCGACUCGGAGGACGAGUUCAGCUUUGUCAACUUUGCCGAUGUUGAGAUCUCAUACAACGGUGACAAGAGACAGAAGCUAGCCCUUGGUGAAGAGGAGGACUUCCUGAGCGUGCACAGCUUCGGUAGCUUCGACGAGGAAGAUUUGAUUGCCCAAGCCGGUCUACCUUCACCACCAGUCUCAUCAUUCUCUGACUCUUGCUGCUCAAGCAAGAAGAAGGCUCACCGCAAGAUGAAGCGCACCGACUCCCUCAACAGUGACUUCGAGUUCACCCACAUGACGGAAUCUGACGGACACGUGCACAACCAUGACGGUCAACACACCACUUCCAAUGGCUCUCAAAGUCAGCAAAGCUCAAAUGAGGAGAAUGGUACAUCCGCUGCUGGAGAUGCAUCAUCCGCUCAGACUCCCACCAACCGACGUGGACGCAAGCAAUCUUUGACUGAGGAUCCCUCCAAGACCUUCGUCUGCACCUUGUGCUCUCGUCGUUUCCGUCGACAGGAACAUCUUAAGCGCCACUAUAGAUCUCUCCACACUCACGACAAGCCUUUCGAGUGCAACGAGUGCGGUAAGAAGUUCUCUCGUUCUGACAACCUCGCACAACACGCACGCACUCACGGUAGCGGUGCUAUCGUCAUGGGUGUUUUGGAGAAUGGUGAACUUGCUCCUCAACAGGCCUUCGAUGAGGAAAUGGGCCAUGCACUCUACGAAGCUGCUCAACGCGCCGCUCUUGCCUCUUCAUCAAGUGGCAGUGGUUCCGAGUCCUCUUCGUCAGGAGACAGCAAGCGUGCCUUGAAGAAGCGAAAGCGGGACGAGUCCUCAUAA